GAACGCAGGCAAAAUAGGUAUAGUUGGUCAAGCAAAUCUUGUCAGUAGAAAAACGCGGCAAAUUUGAAAAAUCGCGGGUUAGCAACACUGUGUUUGAAUAAUUCCAAAAUCGCGUGUAAUCUGUGUUUUAUCUGUGGAAUGUGGAUCGUCCAUCUUGUUUGUUUACAUUCCGAAUCGGUGUGAAAGAGAAAUUUAUGCUCCCUGCAUUAAAAUAAAUAUCAAUAUAUUAAAUAAUAUUGUGCAUGAACAUAAGCAAAGUCAAGAUGCCUACAAUGGUUAAAAGGCUUAAAUAAAGAUAAAACGUAUGCUUAAAUAUAUCCAAUAAGACGACGAAUUGUGUCCUCGAAACCGCAACUAAUUCGAUUGUUCCCAAUAUCAACAGACGAAGUCUUCAAAUAUUUUCAAAGGAUUAAAACUCGCCCAAUAUAAGGCGUUCGUAAAAGUUUCUCUUCAUACAAAACUUACCUACGGCGGUUUACGUUCAUACGUGUACAACGCAAGCGAGACAAAAAAUAAACUUGUUACUUAAAAAAACUAAAAAAAUUGGGACAAUAGUUUAGAUUAUUAUUGUAAAAGUUGUCCGUUUGUUAAUCAUCAAGAAAAUAUAUUAUUUAGGCUGAUUUGUUUCAUGCACUCCGCUAUUGCACAUGUAUACCUAUGGAAAAUCCUAGUUUAUACUUUCUGAAGUCGGUAUGUACCUAUUUAAGAGAAGUUUUAAGUUGCUUUACCUGUUUCUUCAAUAAAUUAAAAUAAUUUAUUCAGUGUGCAUAAUUUUAUAAAAAUAUUUACACAUUUAAAUCAUACCUUCUUUUAUCCAGAAUCAAUAUAAGUCUAUAUUACUCACUUGAGUGGAAGUUGGUAAGCUUCCAUUGUCAAGGUAUCUUUUAUUAAUAUUUUGAGUACCUGAAAUUGUGUCAGUUCCUGACAAGUCUUGAAUAAACUAAUGUGCAAGUUAAUAAAAUUUCUUAACAACAUUCUCCUGAUAUCUAAAUGACUUUUUUAAAUACCUACCUACAUAUAAAAUAUGAUUUAGCCGAUACAUGUAAAUAUCUAACAUUUUUAGCCUGUAUAAAAACAGUAGUGUGAGCAAAACCUUACCAAGCUACCAUGUAAGAGUGGUCUCAGAGAUAUUGGAAUAUCUCUGUACUAUAAAUUAGGCAAAUUGCUUUAGACUAAGUUUUAUGUGUAACUACUACUAAUAAGAAUACUUUAAACUUGAAAUUACAAUUUUUCAAAGUAUUAUAUGAUUAGGUAUGGGAAUGGCAACACCGCGCUGUUGUCGUUAACAUCGGCUUCUCGUUAAUUAAAUUCGUAAAAUUGUACAAGUUGUUAGAAUAAGUGCAAUUCCUACAAAACUCACAAUAUUUAAACUUUAUUCAACCAUUGAUAUUAGUGUGUUACAUAUUCAUAAAUAAUUUGAAGAAUAAUUAAGUGUAAAAGUUUGUUCGGACAAGGUUUAUAAUAAAGUGCAGUGUGAGGUAGAUUUUAUUGUGCGCCCCCGUACCACGAAAGCGCCGAGAGCAACUGUGCGUUGUAGCUCGUCGUAGUCGCCGUACUAUUUCGACUGGUUAUCGCUGCGCGACUGAUCUCUUGGUACAGGGUGUUAAGAACAAAUAACAACAAUUAUGUCGCAUUUAAUAAACAAUAAAGGACUGUUAUGUGCAGCAGGAUGCAAAGACAUUAUAACGGACAUGAAAGAUGUGUUACAGUGUACAUCCGAGACGUGCCAGAAAAUAUUUCACAGGCUAUGUAUCACUUCAAAGAAUCUGUCAACAACAGAAAAAACAAGCUGGACCUGCCCUGGUUGUAAAGCGGCAUCGAAGAAAGGCGGUGAUAACUCCGCUACCCCAGUUCGUAACCAACUUGUUGAUAACGUUACGGUGCGAAAAAAGACCAUACAACAGCCUCAAAAAUCCAUAGAACCCCCGGGAGCACAGUCCCCUGCGACUUUGGAGACCAAAAUUCAAUCGUGUUCUGUGAUGGGCGAAAGUGAAAGCAGUCUUGUUCGUGAAUUGCAGCUGUUUCGACUAGAACUAGCGGGGAUGCGCCAGGAACUUAGUUCAAUGAACAUUAACUUAGAAAAACUCUCAAACACAGUCAGUGGAUUGGACGAUCGACUAACCAGCCUCGAACAGAGGGUACAGGUAUUGGAAGAUCAGCCCGCGCAACCAGAUGAUGUGCACAACGAUAUCAAGGGUUUGAUGGACACCGUAGACCGCCUCAAGCUAGAACUCGACGAUCGGGACCAGGAGCUUCUUGCUACUGAAGUGGAGAUUACGGGUAUUGUGGAAACAAGUAACGAAAGUCCGGUACAUCUAGCAGUUCUGGUGGCGCAGAAAUUGGGUGUGGAAAUGGAGUCGAAAGAUGUGGUUAGUGCGGAGCGCGUGGGGAUGAAACGUGGCCCGAACGACGCCGACAGCAGUGAGGGCAGCGACGGCUCAGCCGGAAGGCCGCGAGCGCUGGUGGUGCGGCUGGCGCAUCGGGUCCACCGGGACAACCUAUUGCGCGCGGCCCGCCGUGCCCGUGGCGCGGACACCUCUGGCUUCGACUUGCCCGGGCCACCCCGUAGAUUCUAUGUGAAUGAGCGAUUGACGCGCACCAACCGGCAGCUUUUCUACAAAGCGCGCCACGAGGGCUCGCGCCUUAACUGGAGAUACAUCUGGACGCGAGACGGUCGAAUAUACGCCAGGCGCCAGCCUAACACUCAAUCUCACAUAGUGCGCUCGGAAGAUGACCUAAUAAAAAUUUUUGGUGUUCAGUCUGUUUGCUUGUAACGUUUGACAUUCAUUGUUUAAUAGGUACGUUGUAUGUUAACUAUCAUUGCAUUAUUUCUCUACAUAGUAAUUUUUGCGACAUAAAAUGUACUAUUGCGAUAACUCUGUUUACUCGUACUAUCUUGCAUGUAACUCACUCAAGUUUUGGAGUAACUAUUAUUUUCAACUUUCUCUAAAUUAUUUAAGUAUUAUGUUUGAGCGAUUUUGUCAGGGUCUCGAUUUAGUUAUACUCAAACUACACAUAUUCUACUAUACCACAUUUGUAAUGCAUAUAAUCUUUCAUAGUAUAUUAUAUGAUUGUAAUCAUACGUUACUAUAUUAUUUUACAGACAAUAUUAUGACAUAUGUAUAUAUAUCUUGUUUUAGACAGCGAAUGUAUCUAAGUAACAAUAAAUCGGUUCCUUUGAGAGUA